GAGAGGGGGGGAGAGAGAGAGGGGGGGAGACGUCCACAGCUCUCAUAUUGUCCACCCUCUCGGAGAAGCAGACGCAGAGCGGCUCUCCUCGCGUCCUCGCGUCCUCGCGUCCUUCCUCAGGUGGGUCUCCGUGCGCGCUGAUGUGUCCACGCGCAGUGUCCUCGGCAUGACGGCGGCACCGCAGACCGCCUCAGCGGACUGAAGCCGCGCGCCUCCGACCAGCGUCCAGGUGUCCCGCCUCCCGUCGCCAUGGCGAUGCGGCACGUGCUGCUGCUGCUCAUCUACCUGGACCCGCUGUCCGUGCUGAGCGCCGCUCCGGGCGCCAAGAAGACCAAGCAGGCGCCCCGGAAAGCGCCCAGAGCCACCGCGGCGCCCACGCUCGUCCCGCAGAAGACCGCCAGCAACCACGACACGUGCCUGGGCUACUACGACGUGAGCGGCCAGUACGACAAGCUGUUCGAGUGCAACAACACCAACCACCGCUACUGCUGCGGGACGUGCUACCUGCGCUUCUGCUGCGAGUACCAGAAGGACCGGCUGGACCAGAAAGCCUGCAAGAACUACCAGACGCCCGAGUGGGUGCAGACGGCCGCCCCGUCGCCCAUCCCGACCGGAGAGACGUACGACCAGAGCAUGGACCAGACCAGCACGGCGGUCUACAUCACGUGCGGGAUCAUAGCCUUCAUCAUAGUGGUGGCGGUGUCCAUCAAAGUUGCCUAUGACAAAGCCACAGAUCCGCCUCAGGAGAUGAAUAUACAUCGAGCUCUCGCAGACAUCCUGAGGCAGCAGGGGCCCAUCCCCAUAUCGCAAUACGACUGUGAGAAUUUCGCUGCGAUGAACGGCUCGCCCAAAGACAACACGCCGGUCAGAACCUCCUCCAAGAACCACUACACCCCCGUUCACACCUCCAAGUCCAACCACGGUCUCCACUAUGGGAAGGAAAGCAUCCGCAGCAGUGGAGGCGCUGACCUUCAAAACUUUAUCUCCUCCGGCUUUGUGACGUUGGGUCGAGGCCACCAGAAAGGCAAGCCAGCAGUCGCACAGCCCUCGCUUUCACACACCCUCAUGAGUGGCCACGUCUUCAGAAACCGUACUCAUCAGCACAACUAUGACCAUGUGGCUCUAGGUAGCCCUACACGCACACCUAAGAAUGCUCACCGAUCGUUGAGACGUGAAAACAAUCGGAUAAGCGGCAUCCUGACCUCACAGACGGAGCCCUACGACUUGUCUUUCUCACGCUCCUUCCAGAGCCUGUCACACCUGCCUCCCUCCUAUGAGGCAGCCGUCAAAGCCGACCUCAACCGGUUCUCGUCUCUGAAGAAACUCACAGAUAAAGAAGUCGACGACUACUACACUCGUAAGCGACACCUACCCGAUCUAGCAGCAAGAGGAACUCUUCCGUUGCAUGUUCUCAAAAUUGGUCAAGACCAGCAGCCCUGGGAGCAGCAGCAGCAGCUCCAGAGUCAGCCCCCCCAGGCCUCCAUCUCCCACGUCGCUCCCCAGUCACAACCCUCACAGCAACAGUCUCAGCAAAGGCAGAGGCCCCGUCGCGUGCAGAGGGCCAUGUCUCAGGACCGCGUCCUGUCCCCACAACGAGCCCCUGAGCAGGAUUACAGCAUGUCUUCUAAUGGUAUGUCACCAUACGGAGGGAGGAUCCUCUCAGACGAACAGCUCCUGUCUGCUGAACGUCUUCGAUCACAGGAGCGUCUUCUACCACAGGACCGCCACACCUCCCAAGAUCGACUGUACACCAAGGACCGCAUAUACUCCAAGGACCGGCUCAUAUCACAGGAUCAUCUACACUCAAAAGACCGUCACUACUCUCAAGACCGCCUCUAUUCACAAGACCGCCUCUACUCACAAGAUCGUCUCCUAUCCCAGGAUCCUCUUCUCUCACCAGACAAGCUCAUGAUGUCGCUGAAGCGCGGCAUGGUGAGCAGCAUCUCUGGUGGGUUUCGUGGCAGCGAUAAGUCAAUAUCACGCGCCAUCUCGCACACAGACGUGUUCGUACCCACCACACCUCUCAUGGAUCGCUACAAGAUGACCAAAAUGCACUCCCACCCCAGUGCCUCUAACAAUGGCGGAGGUAGCGGAGCACCGGAAGCAGGAACCACUGGGCACUCCAACACUUUAGGCAUGAACCAGACAGCAACAAAGAGGCAAGCGUUUGCCUCGAGACGGACUCACACGAUGGAACAGCUCCACUACGUUCCACCACACCACCAGCAACAGCAGCACCCUCAGCACUACCGCACAGGUAGUAAGACGGAGGUCACUGUGUAGGGGCAGCAAAAGGGGGUUUUGGUUGAUAGAGGUAAGUGGGAACACUGGCCUUAGAGUAGGAUCGUGGAAUUAUCAAUGACGUUGACUGCUCCGGUUUAAAACUGCUCCGGUAGAGUCACAGAUUCCAGAACCAAGAACAUUCACUAGCUUACAGUGAGAACCACAAAGACGCACCACACUGUACACUGCAAACACCGGCCCAGUUAGAUCUGAAGCCAGGGAGGGUCAUAGAUGAGGGGGCAGGGGGGGGUUCUGUUGUUAUCCAGCUAGUCUAUUUCAACACUGUCUUGAUUACCCUAUUCAUCCAUAGGCUACGCCCUAAUCUUGUGUAUGUUUUAGUGAGGAAACACUAACCGUGUCUGUUAAAGCUUUUACCGCCACACUUUGUCCAACAAAUCUCUCCUGUGACCUUUUCUGGCAAAUCCUAAUGGGCUUUUGCAUGGUCAAAUAAACGUGACUCCUCCGUGACUUCUGUUGUGCAACACAACGUUACCACCGAGAUGAAGCCGGUUGACCCUGUAAUAACUUUAUAAAUAUAUAAAUACAUGAAUAAGAAAAGAACCAUUUGUACACCCUGUCCUAUGCAUAGCUGUUGUGAAUCUCAAUGAGAAAACGUUAAAUGGAUGUUAUUAGCACUUCUUUUUGGUGCCUCAGACAGAUGUUCCAUUUCUAAAAAUCAAUUGGGUUUUUUGGGGUUACAAAGCACAACCAAUAGAAAUGUUCUGUUCUGUUUAUGGUUCCCUUUUGAAUAGUGACCACUAGCUUGUUUUGUUCAAUAGCAGUUUUUUUUGCUUCCAGUAGAUUGUAAAUAAGCUAUUAUAGAAGCAGUAUUAUGGACAAGUAUAUGCUGGAUGGACUUUGUAUUAGACUGUCUGUAUCCAUAGAUUCUUAUAAAACAACUAUAAAUCACUUUGUGAGUUCAGAAUAGAAACCCACUUAACCCAGUAUUUGACAGGAUAAAUGAAUACUAUACUGUGUCAAAACUAUUUGUAGGAAGAGAAGCAAAUGAAUGUGUUGUUGAUAGCACUGUUCCUAUUUGGGUGUACACUGUGGUCCAUUGACAUCGAAGAAGUUUAACAUGGAAAUGAUUCAUGUAAAUGAAUUAUAAUGCCUGUUACAGUAGGGUCAAAUAAACCAACCAUAUUUUUUUAAACAUUACACAUUGUU